AAGAUUUUCCAGGGUUCAGGGAUGCUGUGGUCGUGACUUCAAUGGUGAGAAGCACAUCUGCUCCUCGAUUCCUGCUCCUUGCCACAUCUGGAGCCAGUGAAAUCCACACUUGCAUUCUUGUCGGGCCGAACUUUCAGCUGAUACCAGUGCGUGUCGUGCACGCAGAAAUCUAUGUCCACUCACUGUCAGCAUUGACCGAAUGAUCAAAGCUGGUUUGAAGGUGGUUUGUAAAGGUCUAAAGUGUCUAAAUUGAAUGACGAGUUUUGCUUUACGGUAGCAUUCCAUUAUAAGUCUUCAUGUCUUUGUAGUCUCAUCCUAAACCCUGAUGUGCCUCUCCACCAUGCUCUUCAGCUCUUUUCAUUCUCAAACGUUACUCUUCUCAUGACCUGUACUUUGUUUUGCUGCUUUCUAACGUUCACUAAUGCAUUUCCAAGCUCCCUCCAUUCUAUAAUACCCACUUGGGGUUCGCCACCAACGCCAUGAAAAUAGCACUUGAAUAGGAUGUGGACUUGUAUUUAAUAUUAAACUGCAUAAUAGGAGCAUUUGGAUCGAGUCUCAGUCCUGGUCGCCAGGCCAGUGUGCACCAGUCAGACUCCAUUUUUCCAGGCUCCAUCAUCAGCCAUUUUCCAUGUUUGAAAGAGCAGAAGCAAAAUUAUUUAUAGACUUCCUGUCACUGAUUGUGCAUAAGAAAUCCAAUAUCCACUUUCUUAGCCUCCUUUUUCUCCACCUGAAGGGUUGAAAUCUUUCAAUGUCUUGCAAUGGUUUCUGUCAACAACCAAUCAAUUCAAAGGGUUUAGUCGUCCUAUUGUGUGACUGUUUGCACGUCAAUCACCCUGGAGACUCAGAAAAUAGACUUUGUAACUGCACCUUUUGUUCUUCUCCAACUGCUCAACCAUGGCCAUCAUCUAAACAAGAGCAAUGUGUGUUCCAAAGUGGGAAUGUAUUUAUUUUAACAGCCUGUUCCGUGUCAGUAAAAUGGUAGUUGAGAGAAAAGUUCCACAACAAACGUGACCCAAACAAGAACAUCUUAAGUAGAUGUCAAAGAGGGGCGUGCUCUCGUGUUAGCAGUGAUAUAGGGGCCGUGGACGGCAGAGCAUUCCGUGGCCCGCUGUAAUAAAUGACAGAUCUUUUCGGAGGGAAUUAUAUAAGGAGCAAAAGGCCUUCUCUAAUGGUAGGAGCGCAGUCAGAUGUUCCCCCUCAAAGUUUGUGCAAAUGUGCUGUAGAGGCUUCGGUGAUCCUCUAAACUGUGACUCUCUUUCUAUUUGUGCUUCAUUCAUCAUCGCUCCCAAGCAUAACUUUUACCAUCUGCAAACAUGGCUGCAGCUUUGAAGAGAGAACCAGUCGGCUCGCUGACACCAACUGCAAGUAAAUGUCACUGGGAUUCAUUAACAUCAAAUAAUUACAGGGAUCUGCGUUGAGUUGAAGCACAGCAACCCGUGAGUUCUUCUCUUCCGUGGCCCAGCAUUAGUCACUUUUCUGGUAAAAUGUGUGUGUGUGAAGCUGCAUGUCACUGGAAGGAAGGCCAAACUCUUUGAUCAAUUACCUUUGUAUUUGUUGUGUUCUUCUUUUUUUAAGGAAAUGACUCAUUGUUUUCAUAGUCCUCCAUCACACACAAGAGUUUCCCACAGAAACAUGUGAUAAUCAUUUUAGACGGGACUCCAUGGGCAUGCUUGAGCGGAGCUCUUCUUCUGUCACUCCACAGCUCAGUUAUUGUCCUGCAUGGACGAGGGAACGACAGCCAGUGUUGUUCCUUCAUUUGGAAUCAUCUGGACCUCAUGAAAAAGGCCGCUUCGUCACCUUGGAGACGGAUUCAACUGAUAAUGAGAGUGGGACAGCGACUGACGGCGGAGCUUCGCGAGGGACGACUGGCAUCCUGUUGGGUCCAGUUCUGCAGCAGGAGGAGUGGAGCUGUCUGCGACUGGUCUACCAAAUCAGCGUCUCCGGAAGCCUGGCGGUCUUGCAGCGCACUGAAGGAGAGAGCCUGGACCGGCCGCUGUGGAGCAGCCAGUCACCGUCUGACAGCUGGGUCAUCUCCAGCAUGGACCUGCAGAACAUCACUGCAGCCUAUAGGAUCGUCAUUGAGGGUAAACCUGGAGGAGAGCCGGGCAGCAGCGUAGCCGUGUUCGAGAUCCACAUCAGGCCUGGAUACUGCCUGGAGUGUGAUUUCGAGGAGUCUCACCUGUGCGGAUACAGUAACCAGUGGAACGCUAACGUUAACUGGUAUGUUGGGGGUGGAGGAGGGCAGCUGCUGCACAACAACAUGCCCGAUGACAACACAUACAAGAACAAAACAGGUCACUACAUGUACGUGGACUCCGUUUAUGCCAAAACAUUCAAAGAAGUCGCCAAGUUGGUGUCUCCGAUGGCGGCUGUACCGAUGUCCGGCUGCCUGAGUUUUCAGUACCAGCGAAGCGAAGAAAGAGGAAACCUGUUUUCUGUUUACACCCGCGACCCACUGAGGCAGUACCAGGAACUGUGGAGAGCAGGUCCAGAGAGCUCCAGUGACUGGCCUGCAGACGUGGGAGAGUGGAUACCUGUGCAGGUGGACCUCAAGGCACCGUACUCCGUCCAGGUGGUCUUUGAAGUGGCCUUUAACAGUCCAAGAGGCGGACGUGUUGCUGUUGAUGACAUUUCCUUCUCUCCGGAGUUCUGCAGCACAGACACUGAGCCAACCUUUGACCCCUCCAUUGCCGACUGCGACUUUGAGUCGGGUUUAUGCCAGUACAGGCUCAGCUCAGAGGCAGCUUCUUCCUGGAAGAGAGUGUCAGUCAAGCCCAACAUCUUCAGAAACGGAGACCACACCACCGGCACAGGCUCCUACCUCAUGACUCAGUCCCGACUGAACUCACGUUCCAGCUACAUUAGUCGCUUAGAAGGCCCAACUCUGCCCGGCAACAUGAAGUACUGUCUGAGGUUCUUCUUCUCUCUCAGAGGUUUCAACCACUCGGAGCAGACCCUCAGCGUCUAUCUGCAGCACGGCACCAGCCAUGAGACCAUCUGGACUCUUGGGGAGAAGUCCAGAGGAAUCUGGAUCGCAAGUGACGUGACCUUCCAAACAGCACAACCCUCCAAGGUUGUGUUUGUCAGCGCCUGCAGGAGCCUGUGGGACUGUGGAUCUGUCGCCCUGGACGACAUCAGCGUUGGCCUCGGGGACUGCGACCUCACCACAGCGUCUCUGUCAAGACUGCCGGGUCACUGUGACUUUGAAGCCGAUCUAUGCGACUACACUCAGGACAAGCAGAGCGACGACGGAGACUGGGAGCGGAGGAGAGGACCCACCCCCACCUCCUACACUGGACCCAGAGGGGACCACACCUCAGGGCUGGGGAACUACCUGCACAUGGAGGCUUCGCCUCUGCUGCCGGGCCAGACCAUCCGUCUGCGCUCCCGCCUCUUACGGGGCUCCUGGGGACCUCAGUGCCUGCACUUCUUCUACCACAUGUAUGGCUCCGGCACGGGGCAGCUGAGCGUUCGCCUGGACAAGGAUGGAGGAGGUGUGUUGCUGUGGCAACAGAGCGGAGAGCAGAGCGCAGCCUGGCUGAGAGCCAUGGUGGAGUACCAGAGCAACAGCCAACACGAGAUUGUGUUUGAAGCCACGCGGGGCUCGUCGGUGAGGAGUGACAUCGCUAUUGAUGACAUCAUCCUUGAAGCUGGACCUUGCCCAGCCACAGAGGUGCAGACCAGCCAGGAGAACUCCAACGACAUCGAGUAGAUGAUGGAAAAAGUUGUGCACCAGCUUCAUUUUAUGAACAUUUGAUACGACUGGAGUCUGAAUGAUUCCCCAAUUCCGCACGUCCAGGCCACGGAGGCUCGUGGACCAUAGGAACCGCUCACUCUGUAGGUCCGUUUCCCCGGAGCAAACACAUACCAGCAGCAUCGUAGUCUGCAACUCUCUCUGCACUGUAGCCAUGGAGGGUCUCUACACUUUCUAUGCAUUAGAUUAAUGCUCAAAUAAAACCGAAUGGUGAAGGAGGCGA